AUGCGGUCCUGCUGUGGGGCGGAGGCUUGUCUCUGGCAGACUGCAAGCACAAAUCAAGGCGAUGCGGCUGGAGACCAGUCCGUUGCCUUCAGGCCGGAAUGUCUGAACGAUCGACGAGGCGAAGGAGGUGAUUGGUUGGAUAGUAGAGCCAGUGAACGUCAGAGUCGAACAGAUGGGUACGCGACUGAACAAGGGAGGAUGUAA